AUGGCAAGAGAGACGUUCAAUGGGCAAUUCCCAAACUUGUCCCCUGCACUUCUUUUGCUGCUAACGAUCCUCUUAUUAAAUACCAUAAACAUGCCAAAAGUUGAGUGUGGGGUUAGUAGCCAAGAAUGUAAUGGCACCAGCAUAGGUGAUUGCGUUGUGGAUGGCGAUGAAUUCCUGGUGGAAUCAGAAACGAGCACUCUGCUUCUAGCUAAUGGAAAAGGUACACUAACCUAUCGAAGCCUUCAGAAACCAGCGAUAUGUAAUGCAAAGAUUAUCGGUAAUUGCAUCGGAGCGCAGCUCAAUGGUCCACAUCGACCCUGCAACUAUGACAAUCGCUGCAAACAUAUGCCUUAA